GGGGUGAACAGAGCAGAGAGGCUGUUCCGACGCAGAGGCUCCUGACUUCUCCUUCCUCUUGCAGAAGGCAGCAGCGCAGCAGGCAGACAGCAGCAGCUUCACAGGCCAGGAACUGGCUCUGGAGACCUGACUCAGGACAUGGAUUGCCACGCAGCCCUUUUCCUGUGCCUGUGUUUUGUGACUUCUCAGAGUGGGGCAGCAGAGGCAGCCCGAGAACCCCUGCGCUGGAUGGAGGAAAUGGAGGUGGCGCACCGGAAACGGACCGGGACUAAUUUUGCUGAGCUCAUCCAUGCUCUGGAGAGCAGCUUGCUGAAUGUCACCUUCAAGGGCUACAACGUCACCUUGCAGACACGCACCAUUCAGAGCCUGGCCUUCAAGCUGGGCUGCGACUUUGCUGGCCUCUCGCUGAACAGCAAUGACCUGGAGUGGGCCCCCCAGACCCGGGCCCGGCACGCCAUGCAGUUCCCAGCUGAGCUGACACAGAAGGCCUGCAGGACGAGCCCCAGGGAGCUGCGGCUCAUCUGCAUAUACUUCUUCAGAGCCCGCUUCUUCCCGAAUGACAACCACUCAUCUCUGCUCAAUAACUAUGUCCUGGGGGCCCAGCUGGGCCACGAACACGUGAACAACCUCAAGGAGCCGAUCAACAUCAGCUUCUGGCACAACCAAAGCCUGGAAGGCUACAUGAUUACCUGUGUCUUCUGGAAGGAAGGAGCCAGCAAACGCCACUGGGGGCUCUGGAGCCCUGAGGGCUGCCACACAGAGCAGCUCUCCCCUUCCCAGGUGCUCUGCCGCUGCAACCACCUCAGCUACUUUGCUGUUCUCAUGCAACUCUCCCCAGCCCCGCUCCCUGCAGAGCUGCUGGCACCUCUCACGUACAUCUCCCUUGUGGGCUGUAGCAUCUCCAUCGUGGCUUCCCUGCUCACUAUCCUGCUGCACUUCCACGCCAGGAAGCAGAGUAACUUCACAACACGCAUCCACAUGAACCUGAAUGCCUCCGUGCUGCUCCUAAACGUCACCUUCCUGCUGAGCCCCGCACUGGCCAUGCCGGCCAUGCCUGGGUCAGCGUGCGUGGCACUGGCCGCCAUCCUGCACUACAUGCUGCUCAGUUGCCUCACCUGGAUGGCCAUUGAAGGCUUCAACCUCUACCUUCUCCUGGGGCAUGUCUACAACGUCUACAUCCGAAGAUACGUGCUCAAACUCUGUGCAGUGGGCUGGGGGGUCCCAGCCUUCCUAGUGCUGCUCCUCCUCGCCAUCAAGAGUUCAGCUUAUGGACGUCACACAAUCCCACUCUCUGACAGCCAGGGAAACAGCACGGGCUUCCAGAACUUGUCCAUAUGCUGGGUGCGGAGCCCUGGGGUGCACAGAGCCCUGGUCAUGGGCUAUGGUGGCCUCACGUCCCUUUUCAACCUAGUGGUACUGGCCUGGGCAUUGCGGGCCCUGCGCAGACUGAAGGCUCGGGAGAAGGCGCCAGGCACCCGGGCCUGCAGAGACACCGUCACUGUGCUGGGCCUCACCGUGCUGCUGGGCACCACCUGGGCCUUGGCCUUCUUCUCCUUUGGCAUCGUCCUGCUGCCCCAGCUCUUCCUCUUCACCAUCUUUAACUCUCUCUACGGUUUCUUCCUCUUCCUGUGGUUCUGCUCCCAGAGGUGUCAUUCAGAGGCAGAGGCGGAGGCAAUGAUGGAGACAUUCAGCUCCUCUCAGAUGGUGCAGUAGUUUGGACCUCCUGGCCUGAACACCUAACCUUUCUGGCUGCUUGCAUCCUGAGGCCCUGGCUUUCACCAGAGCAAGUGGCAGACCAGCUGCUGGACACUGGAGGCCCAGUGCCCUCAAGGGAGGCUUUCUACCUCCAUGGCUUCCCCGGACCCAGAGGGAAAUGCCCAGAAUGCCCUUGGCGUUCUACUGUGUCAGGUCCAACCUUACUGGGGUCAGCAAACUUUGCCCCGGUGCUUGGGCCCAGCUGGCCAGGCCUAAGGACAGAACUCUGGCCAGGGAGCCAGGAGGCCAUGUUUCAAGGCCUGGCUCUAAGUCUUACUCUAUGGUAAGACUAAGACUUACUCUAAGUCUUUUCUCACUGACCCUUGGUUUCCACAUCUGGCAUGAGGCUGACGGCUCUGGUCCUGCCUAGCCUAAGAACUUUGAGAAGCCUGAAUAAGGCUGGGGAGGAAGAGGGUCAUAGUGGGCCCCAUUAACUCCAUCUGCCUGUUGGGCUCUGCCACCUUCCUCCUGGGCACAGCCUGGCCCAGGGCCCAGGGCUUAGAGACCCACUGUCUGAGACCUCACCAGCCUGUGCCCAAGGCCGCUUAUCCUUUAAUUUCCCCAAAACUAUGAUGACCACAACUUCAUGCCCACGGUUUUCAAAGAUCAGAAAGUCUAGUCCUCCCCAGAGGCUCCUCCUCUUUCCAGUGCUCCCAAGUCUCCCUGGGCCAUUUAGACCAGUGGCUGGGACCAAAGGGCUUCCUGGGGGUAGGAGGGGAAUGCCUGUUUCCCCUCCAUCUGAGCCAGCUGGGUCUCAGUGACUGGGCUCUUUAGUGACUGGGUAGAUCUGAAUUUCUGUUGGUAGGCAUGAGGGUGUAUGUUCCAAAUCCAAGCUCAGGCCACAGAUGCAGAGAAUCACCCUUGCUCUUGACCUGUCAGACCAAAUGAGAAACUCGUGAAGCCAGAGCCUUUCCCAGAUUGCACACCAGGGGACGCUGUUAGCCUGUGCUCCCAGGCACCAAAACCACGUCUGGAAAUGCAGUCACCUGUCUGUGAACAUGACACACCAAGGAGAGGUCCUGCCUUCAGGACUGCAUCUGCUCAGUGACCAGGGGGAAUGUCAGCACUAUUCACAUAGCCAUUUCUCUUUACCCAGCACCGCGGCUCGCUUGGCUCUUGGGGUCUUGUGCUCUGGGAAUGCCUGACCCUAGAGCAGUGGGCUGGGACAGGCUCUCAGGGCCCUGCUCCAGGCCCUCACACAGAUUUUAAGGACUGAAUGGCACAGGGAAGGAAUUGGAGCUGGAUCCCUUUUAUUUUCCCCUUUUCAUUUCUUGAUGCAAAUAGCCCUUCAGUAGGUGGUAAGUGGCGCAGGCUCUGGCACCAGGCUGCCUGGGCUCAAAUGCCAGCUCUGCUUUGUGCCUUAGUUUUCCCACCUGUAAGUAGGGAAAACAGUAGGACUUAUUUUGAAGGUUAAAUGAAAUAAUCCAUAAAGAGGCUUAGCACAGGGUAAGUGCUCAGUAAGUGGUUAUUAUGGUUAUCAUUAGUAUUUUUGUAGUAUUAUUAACAGUGUCAGUUGAAUCUCAGAGGCCAACCUGUCUAAAUCCCAGGCCCAGGUCCUCACCGGGCACAUUCUGGGGCCCCUGGGCUUGGCCACUCCUCCCCCUUUCGCCAGAAUGGCCUCGGCUAUCGCCUUGCUGGCCUUUUGCUAUUUUAGGGAUACUCCCCACACAAUGCAGCCUCCAUGUUGUUUCCACAUGUCCCCCACUCUUCCUUUCUCUAAUCCUUUGCUCUAGUUAGAUAUCUGGUGGCUCAUUUAUUACUUCUUCCAAGGAAUCUCCCCUACUGCCCCGCAGAAAGUAUCUUUUCUGCUCUGACUCCGAGAGUGUAUCCCCACCUCUAUAGGGUGAGGUGAGCCUCCAUUUGAGUCCCCCUGGUUUAGCCCAGCCUUGACUUAUACAAGACCCCUAGGCCUUGGGGUGCUCCCCAAUUAGGGCAUCAAGGGAUCAUGAAAACUCCCUGCCCCCCCCUUGGGCAGCUUUGGGGGGCUGUGACUGAGGUUGGGUUGGCAACCAAGUGAAGCAAGGCUUUGACUGGGACCUCUCUUUUUACCUCCAACCUGGGCCUGGCCUCUUAGACCCUGCCAAGGGUCUAAGCCCAGGGCUACCCAAGAGGGGAUAUGGCCACGGUGAUACGAAAUGAGCCUGGUGGUUCCAGGAAACAGCCCCAGGCAUGUGGUCCUGAGUCCCACUGGGGUCCAGGCUCUGGGAUGGGGCCACUUCCUGGAAAUGCCCCCCCCCCAGAUGUAGGGGCAGGGAUGAAUGAAUCGUAUUAUGUGCAACUUUACUUCAACAAAACUUUUCAACAUUUUAAAAAAAUGAUAGAAUAAAGAAAAACUGACAAAUCUAUCAUCAACAUGGGAUAUUCCAAAUGUUUUUUUCUUAAUUAUUAAUAGUAAAACUAAAAAAAAAAUGGGACCAGUUAUAGAAGAUUUGAACAACGUGAGUACAAAGCUCGAUCUAAUGGACAUUAAUUGAAUUCUGUGUCCCACAAUCAGAUUGUUCUCAAGCACUUAUGGACCAUUUUAAAAAACUGAUUGCAUAGUAGCUUCGAAAGCAAGCUCCAGAAAAUUUCAUAGAAUAGACAUUAUACAGGGCUCAUUCUUUGACCUCAAUACAAUGAAGUUAGACAAUAAUAACAAACAAUAAUUUUAAAAAACACCCUGUAUAUUUAGAAAUUUGUUACAGGGAUAAACAGAUUGACCAGAGGAACAGAAAAGAGAGUCAAAUAGACAGGCAUGGUGGUCAGUGGUAGCUUGCAGACCGACGGGCAGGGGGACUCUUCGGUCCGCGGAGCAGGUGACAUUGGUAAUGCGCCGGGGAAAAUGUGCACCGGAAUCGCUGCUUUCCAGUGUGUCAGGAAAACACAGUGUGAUGUGUGUGAACACAAAUGUGGGUGCAAAAAUGUCACAGUUCAUUAUUCAUGUUUACAUCACAUUAGACUCUAAUAACCCCCAUCCCCUGCAUGAGCAGGACAUUCAGUGUGUCGUCCGUGGACAAGGCCCUGAGUUAAAUGCCAAGCUGGGAAACUUCUGUUUCUCUUGGAAGGAAUCUGGGCAAAGGGCCUGCAGUUCAAUUGCAGCGCUUCAAGGUCACUGCUGAUGUCCUCAUAUUCAAGUCCAUGGGGUCGCUUAUGCUGGCUCCUGCUGCCCCAUCCCUGGCUGCCUGGUCCAGCGGACGUUUUGCUGAGGCUGAGGAGCUGCUUCUCAGGGACACCCCAGACUUUCCUUUCAGCUGUCCCCAACAGUGGAAGCCUCUGGUCUCACGAGGGUCCUAUCUUCGUUCCCUCACCCCAGGCACCCAGGCUGUAGGAACACAAACCUCCCCAGAGCCGGAGCCUGGAGCCUGUGGGCUGCUGUUUCCUUAGGCAAGGGUGUUAGGGCAGGGGGAGGGGUGUAACGCAGCCUGGCAGGAAGGUUUCUUAUAAGAGAAGACUUCUAGCUGGGACCUCAGUGUUGAAUAGGAUGGGACAGGAGGAGAGGGAGGGUGAGAAGUGUUUGGGCAAAGGCUUGGGGUUGGGGUGUGAAGAGGAGAGAGAGAGAGAAAGAACAAGCAAGUGGGAUUUGUGGGUAGGGUGGCAGUGGGAAGGGCAAGUGAGAAACCAGAGGGUAAGAAGGGACGGAAGGAGGGUGAGGCUCCGAGAGGUGUGGGGAGGUGGAACCCACAGGACGGAAUGCCUGACUGGACAUCAGGUUGGAGUAGGGGAGUCAUCAAAGUUGGUACUUCGGGUCCUGGGUAGUUGGGAUGGCCUGUCUCUAACUUGAGUAUGGAGCCCAAGAAGGAAGGACAAGUGGCCUGUAUGUGGCAGUUUUAUUGAUGUAAUUAUUUACUUUUAAACAUUAAAAAGAUUGUGCACUAUAGAGCACACACAGGAUAUAUACACAAUUGAACAAAAAUGACAAAGCAAAUCCUCAUGUCAUCACCACCCCAGAAGCCCUCAGCCUCAACCUCUAUUCUGCAGCCCUUGCUCCAGAGAGGGAAACAUCCUGACAUUUAGAGGAACCACUUCCUCACUUUUGAUGGUUUUACCACCUGAAUCUUCAUCGCUAAACAAUAGGGUUCUGGUGUUGCCUGUUUUGGAAGAUUGUGCAAACAGAACCCACCUUCCUUCAACUCACCAUUCUAUUUGUCGGAGUCAUCUGGGUUGUCGUGUGCGGACAUCGUGUAUCCGUGUUCUUUGCUCUAUGCUAUUCCAGUAAGGACCACACUACACGUUGUGAGCCCGUCCUGCUGAUGGAUGUCUGGGACGUUUGCAGGUUGGGCCAUUAUUGGUAGCAAUGCCCCAUGAGCAUUCUCCUACAAAAGUCAUGGUACACAUAUAGACAUAUGCAGCUUUCUCCAAGCUAUCAUCUAUCUAUCUAUCUAUCUAUCUAUCUAUCUAUCUAUCUAUCUAUGAGCAGAACUCCUGCGCUACAGGUUGUAGGUGUCUUUAACUUCACUGGAUGAUCCCAGUUUUCUGAAGUGGUAAAACAAAGUUAGAGUCCCUCCCAGCCUGUGUGACUGUUCCAUGGUAAUCUGCUGAUUGUGUAGUGGUAUCCCACUGCUAUUGUAAAUUGCAUUUCCAAGGUAAUUAACGAGAAAGAGCACCUCUUAGUUUAUUUAUUGGGCCAUUGGAUUGCCUCUUGUUUUUGAAAGUGUCUAUUCAAAUCUAUUGCCUGUUUACUAUAGGGUUCAUCCUUGCGACAGAUGCCUCUGGCUCCAGUGUCACUCUGGUGUCAGCCUCUGUGUGUUGGACAAACCUUCCCUUGUCAGAGAGCCAGGCUUUCUACAUCCUACCCCAGGGUCUUCACCAUUAUUGUGAGAAGACUGGAAUGGGGGUGCUGGCUGAUGGAGAGGUACUCCUGCCUCCUGACCUUCAUAGCAACUACUCUGGAGCUCCUCAGAGGUCAUGGGGGCUGCCUUCAGCAGUGACCUUGAUAGUGCACUUCUCCUGGGGUGUCUGCCUACCUGUCGAAUUGUCCCCACCCCUCACCGAGGCCUCUGGCAGUUUCUUCUAGAUACACUGCCGCACCCAAGUACUUAUCCCAGGUUCGCUUCUCACCUUUUUCUUAUUGAUAUUUACAUAUUCUGGAUACUACUCCUUUGUUGGUUAUAUUAUUGCAAAUAUAUUCUCCCCUCGGUGAUUUGUUUUUUACUUUUUUCAUCCUUCAAUGAAUAGAAAUUCUUCAGUUUAAUAUAGUCUAAUUGAUUAAACUUCU